CUUUCAAUCAAGACACCCGCUCCAGCUACAGAGAAGCUUCAUGGACUCAACCCACCUCCUCUCAUUGCUCAUUAUGUGACACAGUUCCUCUUCUCUGAUUCCUAGAUUUGCUUCCUACUUCAUGUGCAUACCCCACAAUGGGCCUCGGCAUCCUUGAGGACAACAAGCUUGAGCAUGUUCCAGGAACUGCUCUAGUCCUUGAAGAUGACAGAAGACAAGAGACAGAGCAUGCUUUUGCGCGCGAUGCGAGUCUCAAAUAUGAUGCCACCGGACAGAUACUCCUCGUCCCUCAGCCUUCCGAUGACCCCAACGAUCCUCUAAACUGGUCACUAUGGAAGCGCGACUGCAUCGUGUUGAUCCUCUCCCUCACUUCUGUCAUCGCCGCGACGCUGUCCCCGCUCCUAGCCGCCAACACCUUUUCGCUCACGCUCUCUUUUGGGCGUACUUUCACCGAAAUGGCUUUACUUACAGGUUACCAUCUUCUGGGCGUGGGUUUAGCAGGUUUUUUAUUUGUACCGUCGGCUAGGAUAUGGGGCAAGCGACACCUCUACCUGUUGGGCACCAUAAUCGUUAUCAUCAGCACCGCAUGGGGUGGCUCGAGCAAGAAAAACUACAAAUCGCUUCUGUGGGCGCGGAUAUUCCAAGGCAUUGGUCUUGCGCCGUUUGAAGCGCUCGUCAACGCCAGUGUUGGAGACUUAUAUCAUGUCCACCAGAGAGGUAUCCGGAUGGCCUUGUCAAAUCUUGCUCUUUUUGGGGGGGCAUUUUUCACGCCGGUGUUGGUCGGAAAGAUUGCGGACACGAUGGGAUAUAAGUGGACGUUCUAUUUCGUGGCUAUUUUCGCGGCAGUCAUGUUACCAUUCGUCAUUUUCUUCGUACCAGAAACAAGUUUCAAGAGGGAGCAACGAUUCGAUAUUGACACGAUGGGGAAUUUGAUUACGCAAGAUAAGCCAGAGACUAGGGCAAACUCUGGAGAGUCGGGCUGUGCGACUAAUGGAGAUGUGGAGAAGCCAGAGGGAAGGGAUAGUGUGCAUGGAGUCGGGGGUCAGACUACUCCACGCCCGAUGGCGACGUGGAAGCAGAGUUUGAUGCCGUUUAACGGGAGGAAGACUGAUGAGAGAUAUCUUCAUUUGUUGUUGAGGCCUUUCCCUCUCUUCUUCCACCCAGGAAUACUCUGGGCUUGCCUUAUCCAAGGCACUCUCAUUGGAUGGACGGUGUUGAUCGGAGUCGUCCUCGCCGCCGUAAUGAUGAGUCCACCCCUUUGGUUUGGUGAAGUAGAAACCGGAUACAUGUACACAGGCGCUUUCGUCGGCGCACUUCUCGGAUUUAUCCUCUCCGGUCUUCUCGCAGACUGGUCCGCCAGAUAUCUAACCCGCCUAAAUCACGGAGUCUACGAGCCAGAGUUCCGCUUAGUGCUUGUCAUUCCUCAACUCAUCCUCGGCUGCACAGGUCUGUAUGGCUUCGGCUGGACAGCGGCGAAUAUGCCCAAGUAUGGAUGGUUUUGGCCGGACUUUUUCUUUGCGCUGGAGGUUAUGGGGAUGGUUCUCGGUGCAGUGUCAAGUGCUUUGUAUAUUGUUGACGCACAUCGUGACAUGGCUGUCGAAGGCUUCACAUGUCUCCUCGUAUUCAAAAAUCUAUUCUCUUUUGGACUCACGUUUAAGGGAUUCGAUUGGAUUGUUCAGGGCGGGGUUAAGCCGGUUUUCAUUGCUAUUGCGAGCGUGCAGGUAGGGAUUUGUAUGUUGACAGUUCCGAUGUACGUUUUUGGCAAAAAGAAUAGGUCGUUCUUUCAUCGACAUAAUGUGUUCUUUGAUGUCACGGAUUGGAUUGCUGAUCACCUGACGUUCUGGUAGUUUUUGGUUCGGGAGAGAUCGGGUGGGAUCUGAAAGGAGAUGAUUGAUGAUGAUGGAACGCUUUUUGAUACUUGUGCUUGAUAGUAGUCUCGUUAUAUUAGUGCAACCUAAUCAUAAUACAUCUUAUCAAAAG